AUGGUUCUUCAGAUCUACCUCGACCCGUGUACGAUCAACUGUCGCAAGGUCCUCGCGGGCUUGGACCUGAUCGGCACCAAAUAUGAUCUCCAUCACAUCGACUACUUCAAAGGCGAACAGAAGAGCGAGGCCUUUGUCAAGAUCAACCCGUGCGCUACCGUCCCGGCUGCCACGGAUGGCGACCUCGUCAUCACCGAAUCCAACGCCAUCAUGAUGUACGCUGCGGAUGCGGACGGCGGCCACUCUGCCUAUCCCAAGGACCUCAAGGCUCGCGCAGACGCCAACCGCUGGUUGUUGUGGGAAGCCUCCGUCUGGUUCCAGACCAACUACAUCUACCUCGUCGAGUACGUCGUCAAGCCACUCCUGGGCGCCCAACCAGACGACGCCCUCAUCCAACAAGAAGCCCCGAAAUACGAAAAAGCAGCCGCCAUCCUCGACGCCCGUCUCGGCCGGACAGGCAAAUGGGUCCUCCCCGGCUCGGAUCCGACCAUCGUCGACAUGGCUAUCGGAGCCCCCAUGCACCUCCACGCCGCCUCCCGCCUGCCACUAUCCCCGCACAAGAACAUCACCCGGUGGCUCGAGGAUCUCGAAGCCCUCCCUUGCUGGCAAAAGACGCAGGGUGCGGUAGACAAAGCGCUCCUCCCCAACGGUGCACCCAAAGAGGUUCGUGCAGAGUUCAACUACACGAAAGACAUGGGGACUUCCAAGCUUACAGAGUUAUACUUCUACGAAGACCCCGCCAGCCUAAACAUCCACGAGCCGGGCGACGAUCCCCAAGUCAUGAGCGUCGCCAACGGCUGGGAUCGCGCGAAGCAAUUCUCCAUCGAUAGAGAAGGCUUCGCGGUGAAAGACUUUCCUAGUAGUUUUGAUCACAACACCCAAGGCCACUGGGAAGACGAAGGCAUCAUGAAGGAGAAAUUUUACCCGGAAGUUGUGAGCUUUUUGAAGAAGGAAUUGGGGUGUUCGCGGGUUUUGGUUUUCGAUCACACGAUCCGCACGCAGAAGAACGAAGGCAAAAAACUCACGCAAGAGACGAAUACCUCGCAACGCGCUCCCGUCCGUCUCGUCCACUGCGACUACACCGCCGAAUCCGGGCCCACGCGCGUCCAGCAACUCCUCCCCUCGGAAGCCCCCGCCCUCCUCGCGCGGCGCGUGGCCUUCAUCAACGUGUGGAAACCCCUCAACAAAGUCGAAGAGAACCCCCUCGCCAUGUGCGACGUCACCUCGUCGCCUCCGGAGGACUUCUUCAAGCUCUACCUCCGCUACCGCGACCGCACGGGCGAGAACUACGUGAUGCGCCAUUCGAGUCGGCAUCAGUGGUGGUAUUUCCCGGAUAUGCUGCCCGAGCAGGCUAUUCUGUUGAAGACGUAUGAUUCCGACGAGGGCAAGGCGCGGUUCGUCGGGCAUUCUGCUUUUACGGAUCCGCUGAGUCGUAGGGAUGCGCCGUUUCGCGAGAGUUGUGAGAUUCGCACGAUUUGUUUCUUUUGA